GUCCAGGUAGCUCGCAUUUCCCGGCGAGCGGCGGCGCCCGCAGCACCUGUCUCCCGGUGCGUGGGCGGGGAGGACGGCGCGGGGGCAUGGCCUGGUAGAGGCCCCUGGGGAGACGGUGAGGAGUCCAGUCCGGAGCAGGGCAGGAGGCGGAGGAACGUUCCUCCCCGGCGCCUGCUCGACCGGCGGCAGCAUGAAAAAGAACCCGACGGUGCAGGGCACCUUCAGCAAACUCUUCGGCAAGAAGCACGCCAACCCUCCCGCCACCUCCCUCUACGCCACCAACCCCCCCUGGAUUUUCACCCAGGAGGCCCCGUCGGAGGGGACCCGGGACUUCGAUGGGAUCUAUUUUGGAGACAACCGAGCUGACACAGUGAGUGAGUCGGGAACCGCCACACUGAAAGCUCGGCCAAGAGUCCGGCCCCUGCUGACCUUUCUUCCACUGGAUGCCCAGGAGAACCAUGGACUGGCUGUGCCCACCCCCUCUGUCCCAGACAGCUUUGCAGACCAACAAAUGACAGGCACCAGCAAGCUUAUCAAUGGCAACCUCCGAUUAUACAGCUCUGUGGGGGACCUGAGGCCUGGGCACUAUGGCCAGGACUUGCUCAUCCCCCCGCCACCCCCGGGCCCAGCCCCGGCACCACCCCCAGACGCUCCGCAGCCUCAGGAGGAGCCCUCACCACCACCUCCACCUUCCACGGCUCCCCCGCCUCCCCCGCUGCUGCCGGAACCCCCGUCCCCGCCCAGCAUGGCCCCACCUCUGCCCCCAGUGAUGGGGGCCCUAUCCACCGCACCCCGCCUUCCCUCCCCAUCCACACCCACCCCUCCGGACUUCAUUCCCCCUGCGCCUCCCCUACCCUUUUCGCCAGCCCCGGCUCCCCCAGCUCCAGUGUCUCCUCGUACACCGGGGACUCACCCCUUCCCCGCUGCGGGUGUCGCCAAGUGGAAAUCAGAGGUAGCGCUGAGUGACAGGCAGCCAGAGGUCCCCAGAGGCAGCCCCCCCGGGAGCCCUGCUGAGCCCAAGGGGAGCCUCCUGGGACCGGAGACCCACCUCACCUUCCCCAGCUCGCUCAAGGUGCCUCCCCCAACCCCAGUCAGGACUUCAUCCAUCUCCUCUCAGGAAGCACAAGGGGCUCUUCCUGAGGAAAGAGAGGCCACCAAGAAGGCCCCCAGUCGACUCCCACUGCCUCCCAGCUUCCACAUCCGCCCCGCGUCCCAGGUCUACCCCGACAGGGCCACUGAACCAGACCAUCCCGAGGAGCCCAGGGCUACGGCACCAGCCCGUCCGAGGCCGGGCCAGUCCCAGGCCUGGACAAGCGAACAAGCCGAGACUCCACCUCCAGCCCCUCCCCCGCCCCCUCCUCCACUCCCACUCCCUCCCCCGGCCCCCCCCCUGCCCCCAGCUGCCCCUCCUUUGCCAUCUGCUGAGAAGGCAGCCCCUCCCCCGGCUGGGGUUAUGAAAAGACCCAAGUCCAGCUCUCCUGCUCCCAAACCCAAACUUGACCCCCCCAGCCCAGAGGACACAGCCUCUUCAGAGUCCGUGGACUGGUGGGAUCCCAGCCAGAUGGCAAAGCUGCGGAACGAGCUGUCAGCCUAUCUCUGUGGCUCCAAGAGAGAGGACCGGUUUGCCAGUCAUAGACCAGGCCCAACUGCAUCCUCUCAGGGAAAGGAGAGCCAGAAGGGCCCCAGCCUGCCAGAGAAGGAGGCGCCCCCAAGUGUUCCUGAGGAGAGUCCUUGCAGCCAGCCAGAGAGGAAGGCUGCCGCCAGCCUGACCCUCCCUCCUUUGGACUACAUCCCCCAAGACUCGCCAGCUCCUAGCAUCCAGCAGAUCCGGAAUAAGCUGGAAGCCCAGUUUUCCUCAUCAGCAGAGAAGGAAGCCAAGCCCAGCAGAGGGUCUCUGCCUCCCAAACCUCAGCUAGAAGGGGUAAGAAUCUUUGAAAACAGGGCUGAUAAUGGCAAAUUCUCCAAGCCCGCGGCCAAGAAUCUGCCACCUCUAUCCACCGCCCCUCUGCCAACCACACCACUCCAGUCCAAGGCCACGCCUGGACCAGCCAUACCACCCAGGGUCACACCUGAGCCAGCCACACCUGGACCAGCCACACCACCCAAGGCCACACCGGAGCCAGCCACACCUGGACCAGCCACACCACCCAAGGCCACACCGGAGCCAGCCACACCUGGACCAGCCACACCACCCAAGGCCACACCGGAGCCAGCCACACCUGGACCAGCCACACCACCCAAGGCCACACCGGAGCCAGCCACACCUGGACCAGCCACACCACCCAAGGCCACACCGGAGCCAGCCACACCUGGACCAGCCACACCACCCAAGGCCACACCGGAGCCAGCCACACCUGGACCAGCCACACCACCCAAGGCCACACCAGAGCCAGCCACACCUGGACCAGCCACACCACCCAAGGCCACACCGGAGCCAGCCACAUCAUCCCAACUGAUAGCAGAGAAGAACCUAGUCCCAGCUGGGCAGUGGGAGAAGCCAGAACAUCAAGAAGUUGCAGUGCCCUCCAAGCCAGAGGCAGGAGGGCGCUCCUCAGAGACCAGUAAGCCUACACAGGGAGCCCUCUCAUCUCCAGCCCUCCCCGCAAAGAUAUCCCCUGGCCGAGAAGAGGUGCCGUUUCUCUAUAAGCCCCAUCGCAGCCAGAACAUCCCCAGCAGAGAUGUGGCCGUGGUGACGCCCACCCUGUCCAAAGGAGAGGCGGUAGGGUCAUGGGAGCCUGUGGAGGUGAAGGAGCCCCGGAGGCUGCCAGCCAACCCCCCUGCCUCAGCCCAGCCUGCUGAGGAACUCCUCAGGCAUCCAGUGACAGGGCAGGUGGUGGAGCAGGGCUCCCCGAUGGCUCUGCUCCUUGCAGCCAGGCAGAGGGCACAGAAGGGGAGGUCCAGAGGGGCUGCCCUGGGCCAGUCCUCCCUGCCAGGGAGUCUCCGUGGCCACAGCCAGCCCGGGGCAGGCUCUGACACCAUCUUCUACAACGACGGCCAGCCCAACUCCUUCACAGUGGUCCCCAAGGUACCCAGGGAGACUGAGAAGGACCCCCAGCUAACCUUGCCAGGACAGCCCAAGGUACCCAGUCAGUGGAAGCCCCAGCCCCGCAGAGACCCAGAGGGCACGGAGCCCAGCCGCGGGUACAGCUGGACAAAGACGGAGCCGCAGGCCCCCGUGGCUUGGGAAAGACCAGUGCCCUCCAGCCUCCCCCAGGGCCGCCUGCUGCCCAAGUCCUCCUCUUCCCCUCCUUCUCCUUCCCACAAGAGGGAGGAGGAGUUCAACUUUGAGGUCAUCCCACCGCCACCAGAAUUCAGCAAUUACCCUGAGCCCCCGCCCCGCGCCCUGCAGUAUCUGGGGCGCCGGGGCUCCCCUCCCCGGAACAACUUCUCAGACUUGGGGCAGCUCGCGGACGCGGGCCCCGCUCGCGGCUCCUCGCGCUUUUCCGCCAGCGCGGGCCCCGCCGGGGCCGCCAUGGGCUUGGGCCGUUUCUCGGGCGGGGGCCGUUCGCUUAUCAAGAAGCGCCUGUACGUCGUCGGGGAGACACACCACAGCCCCAGGCUGCCCCGGGGCGGCAGUGGCCGCAGCCCGACCUCCCCUGGCUGCUUCGGGCCGCAUCCCAGAGGGCCCUUCGCAGCGCCCGGAGGCCCGGAGAUGCGGCGCGUCAACUCGACGGGCCGCGCGCCCCCCGCCGGCCUGCACGCGCGGAAUAUGCCCCUGGAGGGCGGCCCCCGCGGAGAGGCCAAGUACAAAGCGCCCGGCGGCGGCGACUGCGGCUGCGCCCUGGCUACCCGCAGGUCUCCCCACAGCAACCCCCACUAUGGAAGCUCCAUCAACACAUUCACCGUGAGGCCUGGGACCCACCAUCCCAUCUCCUAUGCCUACUCGGGGGCCCAUCGGAAGGCCCCAUCCUGAGCCCAGGGUUUUCUCAGUUCCUCUCCAAGGGGUCGGAUCCAGGCACUUGUUUUUGUGGGGGUGGGAGGGACGCAGCAGGUGUUAAGUAGCCUCACUGAGACACAGAGGAGUCUGUUUCCCAAAGACAGACAGGGGGACAAUGAGUGAAGCAGUGGGCCCAGUAAGAUUGAACUUCUGUUUCCCAAAGCACUGGUGUGGCUGUGGACUGUCUGCAGAUGGGGGUGGGAGGGGGAAGGAGGGAGGAGAGGAGGAAGGAGGGAGGAGAGGAGGGACCUUUAAGGAGCUGGAGCCUGAGUUUUCACUGUCUGGUACUAUUUGCUUUAGCAAGGCUUAUUGAAAGCAGUUUUCCAAGCAAGCCUACUGAGCAGGUUCUAAAAGCAAGGGCUGGAGCGCUUGCUCAGAAGGGAACCCAUCAGGAUGGCUGUGAUUGCUGGUCAGGCCCUCAUGAGGGGCUGAGGCCCAGCCCUGUCUGGGUUGGGGGUGCAGGGUGCUACAGGUUGACCUCCUCAGCCUCCACCAGUCCACCAGUCCACCAUUUGCCACUCCCAGAGGCGACACCUGGGGUUCCUAGCAUAGAAGCCACGUUGAGGUGUGAGCAGGAAUAUGCAUACAUACAUGUAGAGAAGGUACUGGAACAAAGUGCUUUGCAUUGACCAAGGGUGGGGAUAGGGGUACUGGUGGUUCAUUUCUCCCUGGCCCUGAGCUACAGGAAGCCCUAGAGAGAGAAGACGUGGCAGGUUUGGGAUGGAAGACAGAGGAUUAAGGCUUGCUUUUCUAUUCAGACCCAGGCAGCCAUGAUUUGGGGGAUCGGGCCCAAGGAGCCAGAAAGCCUGGGGCUUGACACCAAAGGCCUUACCUGGCCAGGUCCUGUAUGGGAUUUGGAGGGGCACCAUUCCCAACCACCCCUCCCAACCCCAAUACUACAGGUCUCCAAUAUUACUGAGGCCUUAGAAUGUGUAACCAAGAUGCCAGAAGGCCUUGUAGAGUACAAGGUGACAGAGAUGGGAAUAGAGGUCUGAGAGGAGUUUGCUGCAAGUAUGGAACGUGGUUUGGAAAGUCAAGAGUGGCAGGACUGGGCCAGUUCAGAGCAGGGGAGCCCUAUCGGUAGGGUGACCAUUUGUACUUUGCUGGGAAGUCUGGGUUUAUGCCUGUUUUCCAGUGAGUGAGAACCCCUUCCACUUUCAAAAAAGUCCUGGUUUAGAUAAUAUGUGCUCACCAGACAUAUCAGGAAACAAUAUUCUUUGGUCAAUCUUCUGUCUUCAGGUCUUGGUGGGCCGAAUUCCUGGGGCCAGGCCAAGGAAGGCUACCUGGGUAAGGAGGAGGGGCAGGGGGUGCCCACCUCAGAGGAGCAGGCUGGUAGGGGCAGCCAGGAAGCAGUUCCCUUUGGGGGCACGAUGAUGGACCUCUAUGAUUUGUGCUAACCAGCCAGGGUACCGGGGUGUGGGGAUAGCAGAUGACCACUUCAGGGAAAGAGACUGCAGGGGUGGGUGGGCACCCUGAUGGGGCAGGGUCUGGUUACCUGUGUCUAAGAAGCGAACCCCACCCCAGUGCCAGCAAUGGCUCUCUAUAUAUGUAUGUAUUUUCCCUGUACAAUGUUUUAUAAAAGAGUUCACUAAUUUAUCUGCUGUGUUAAGGCUUGAGGGGUGGGGUGUGGAUUCCCAACUGUAUCUUGCUCUGGGGUGGGCAGGGAAGGACUGAUUCGCUCUUGGCUUGGGAAAUAAACAGGCCAGUUUGGAUGGCCUCCAGCUCUGUG